AGGGGUUUGGUUUUCUUCUCCCUAAAGACAGAAUUAAAGCAUCACUCCUGCAUCAGUGUGGAGAAGAGAGAGAGAGAGUGCGAGGUAUCUUCAUUUCUUCUGCUGAGCGGAGGAGAGAUCAUCACAUCUCAGCAUCAGCGGGACGGGCUGCAAGGUGUACGGAAGACAAAUGGAGUCCACCGCUGGAACCAACGAGCUGACAGACGAGGAGAAGGAAAUUAUCAAUAGCGUGCUGGCGAGAGCCAAGAUGAUGGAGGACAUGGAGCAGAAAAGGAUUGGGCGUCUGGUAAAUCGCCUGGACAGCAUGAAACGGACAGCCUGCGGUGACGGGUACUCACAUUGUUUGCUCUGCGGGGAGCAGUUCGGCCUGGUGGCCAUCAACGCAGUUGUGUGUGCCGACUGUAAAAAGAACAUGUGCACCAAGUGUGGCGUUCAAAGCAGCAAUCGUUCCAGUCCAGUAUGGCUGUGCAAAAUCUGUUGCGAGCACAAAGAGAUGCUGAAGCGGUCUGGUGCCUGGUUUUUCAAGGGUUUUCCACAGCAGGUUUUACCCGCUCCUUUACUGAUCUCCAAUCAGAGAGAGUUCAGUCCGACCAACACGACGGCUUCUACAAACCUGUCAACCAAUCAGGAGUCUUCUAUACCUUCACACCCACAAUAUGGAGAAGCUUCUUUUCAUUGUAUUUCAGAAAGCAAGCAGGUUACUGGCCGAGCGCAGCAGAUAUCUGCAGAAAUGAUGCCCCCUAAACGAGAGGAGCAUUCUGCCAUAACCCAAAGAGCCCAAGAGGACGACAGAGGGAGACAGUCUUUUAGCAGGAGCACAAUUCAGUCCAAAAUCGCAGUGGAAGGACAAACGUACUCACUUGUGGUGAAGAGAGAAGUACCAGUCCUGAGUUCCAGACCUCCGGCAUCGACCUUCUCUACCACCCCCAUCCCAAAAGGAAUUCUAGAUCCUGUGACUGGACCGGAGGCUAGGGUACCACCUGCUAUGCAGACCGAAGCAAGUUUGCCAGCUGCCAACAGCGUUCCUGCUUCACGCCAGCCACCACCCCCCACUGCAGAGGAUGAAGAGGACGCCAACAGCUAUGAUUCUGAUGAUGCCACCACCCUGGGCAUGUUAGAGUUCAGUCUGAUCUUCGAGGAGGAGAAGAACGAACUGCAAUGCAAUAUAAUCAAAGCAAAGGGUCUCAAGCCAAUGGACUCUAAUGGUCUGGCUGAUCCUUACGUUAAAUUGCACUUGCUUCCAGGAGCCAGCAAGUCAAACAAGCUUCGGACCAAGACUCUUCAUACCACCCUGAAUCCUAUGUGGAACGAGACGCUUGUUUAUCAUGGCAUCACCAAUGAAGACAUGCAGAAAAAGACACUCCGGCUCUCUGUCAGCGAUGAGGACAAGUUCGGCCAUAAUGAGUUUAUCGGCGAGACGCGGGUGGUCUUGAAAAAACUCAAGCUGAACCAGAAGAAACAUUUCAACGUGUGUCUUGAAAGAGUGGUUCCGGUGAGACGUACAGCUGCCGGAGGGGUGUCUCGUGGCAUGGCGCUCUAUGAGGAGGAGUUAAAGGAUGAUGAAGAAGCAGAGGAGAGGGGGCGUAUCUUGGUUUCUCUCACCUACAACAGCCAACAAGGUCGCCUGAUUGUGGGUGUGGUUCGAUGUGCUCAUCUAGCAGCAAUGGAUUCCAAUGGCUAUUCUGACCCGUUUGUAAAGAUCUGCUUGAAGCCUGACAUGGGGAAGAAAGCAAAGUAUAAGACUCAGAUCAAGAAGAAGACCCUUAACCCUGAGUUUAAUGAGGAGUUCGGCUACGAGAUCAAGCAUGGGGAACUGGCGAAGAAGACUUUGAAUAUCUCUGUGUGGGAUUACGACAUGGGGAAAUCUAACGACUUCAUUGGUGGAUGCCAGCUUGGUAUCACGGCUAAAAGCGAGUGUUUGAAGCACUGGUAUGAAUGUUUGAAGAAUAAAGACAAGAAGAUAGAACGAUGGCAUGUUCUGUUGAAUCAAAACAAUGUUGAGGUGGAAGACUAAGAUGUUAUAUCUCCAGAUAUCUCAACUUCCAACAGCAAGCAGUCCUAUCUUCCAAAACACAUUUAUCUCAUUUCCAAGGUUCAACUGGUAAUAACAAUAUUUUUGACUUCAUUCAGACAAUACUUUGUCCUUACUGAAACCCUGUAAAGAGCUGCUUUGAUUAUAAAAGCUAAGGAAAACCCAGUUAUUUUGUUCUUUGAUGGGGGAAAAAAAAGUGUUAAAGCCUUAAAGAAUUUAACCCUCAUGAAAUCAUAAGUGACGUAAAUCUCUUAGUCAUUGAACAAUGCAACUAAAUACACUCAAGGAUGCUGAAAAGGACUAAUCAUGUAAAACAUCCUGCCAAUUCUUUAAGGAAUUGCAUUUGAGGGCUCCUGGGUAGCUCAGCGAGUAAAGACGCUGGCUACCACCACUGGAGUUCGCUAGGGCAUCCCAGGGCGUGCUGAGUGACUCCAGCUGGGUCUCCUAGGCAACCAAAUUGGCCCGGUUGCUAGGGAGGGUAGAGUCACACUGGGUAACCUCCUCAUGAUCGCUGUAAGGUGGUUCGCUGUCGGUGGGGCGCGUGGUGAGUUGGGCGUGGUCCACGCGCGGUGGCGCGGCCAACAAGCCACGUGAUAAGAUAUGUGAGUAGGCGGUCUCAGAUGUGGAGGCAGCUGGGAUCUGUCCUGUGCCACCCUGAGAUGAGGCGAAUCACUGCGCCAUCACGAGGACUUAGUGUGUACAUUGGGAAUUGGACAUUCCAAAACAAUUGGGCGAAAAAAAGGAAAAAGAAAUGGCAUUUAAAAAUGCUGCUUACUGCUAGUGUAGAAUGUUGCCAUUAAAAAUAUACCCAGUCCUUUUUUAUAUGUGUUUUAUUUAUUUAUAUUUGUUUCAAUCAGUGUGUUACAGAUGAGGAAUACUGUGUGUAAAACAAACCGUGACUAUGAAGUUUCGAAAAGUUAUAUUUUGAGUUUUGUGUUUAAAUGGCAGGUUGUCCUUUUGUAUCAAAUUACAUAUAGAAAAUGCCCUGUUAUAAUGUGCAUGGAAUGCAUGGACACGUGUUCUUCAAUUAUACAUUAUUGUCAUUAAGUUUGAGUUUAUUUCUGCAUCUAUAAUAUAUUCACAGGUAUGAAUACAGGCUUGCUAACUCAGAAUUCCCAAUAGUGUUCUCAUCAAGUUAUUGCCUAUAAACAAGGAUAUUUCCUCAAGCUGUCUGGAAUCUGGCACAAAGGAAGAACUGCUUUAACGGUCUCUGGUACGAGUUGCCAUGUGGAGGGGGUUUUUGUGUUGUUUCAAAUGUCAAGGUUAUAUUCUUUAAAAUCAUAUCGCAGUUCUCUGGCCUGUGAUGACAGUGAUGACAAAUUCAAACUUAACUGUGUCUUUCAUCUACCUCUAUCAUGUUUACUCACAUUAUUAUGUAAUUGCUUUACCACAUGUUCCAUCCAAGCUCCCAUGCGAACAAUAAAUAAAUAAAAAUA